UCAUUUUUAGUGGAGACAGGGUUUCAUCAUGUUGGCCAGUAUAUUAUGGAUCUCUUGACUUCGCGAUCUGCCUGCCUCUGCCUCCCAAAGUGCUGGGAUUACAGGUGUGAGCCACCAUGCCCAGGCAAGGAUGCAAUAUUAUUAAUGCUCUUUAUUAAAUCAGUUCUUUUCUACUAAGGUCAGAAUUUUAACUGAUGAACUAUAAUUAUAUAUUUUUUCACACGGAGUCUUGCUCUGUUGCUCAGGCUGGAGUACAGUGGCAUGAUCUCUGCUCACUGCUAUCUCCUCUUCCUAGAUUUAAGUCAUUCGACUGCCUCAGCCUUUCCAAUAGCUGGGAUUACAGGCGCCAAACUCCAUGUCCAGCUAAUUUUUGUAUUUUUAGUAGACAGGGUUUCAUCGUGUUGACCAAGCUGGGUUUGUACUCCUGACUUCAGGUGAUCCACCUGCCUGAGCCUCCCAAAGUGUUGAGAUUACAGGCGUGAGCCACUUCUCCCGGCCUACUGUCACUUAUGAACGUAUUAAUCUUUGUAUUUCUGACCACCUCAAUAUCCACAGUACUCUCUCAGACCCCACACUACUCUCAUUAUGUAAGGAAAGACACAUGCUUAUCCAUGGGACAGCCUUCUCAGGACACAGCCUAAACCAAUGUCUGCUCUGUAUGAUGGUUGACAUGCCACUGUAAAUUUUACUUUAAGUUCUGGGGUACAUGUGCAGAAUGUGCAGGUUUGUUAUGUAGGUAUACAUGUGCCAUGGUGAUUUGUUGCACCCAUCAACCCGUCAUCUAGGUUUUAAGCCCUGCAUGCAUUAGGUGUUUUUCCCAAUGUUCUCCCUCCUCUUGCCCCCCACCCCGAUAGGCCCUGCUGUAUGUUGUUUCUGUCCCUGUGUCCAUGUGUUCUAAUUGUUCAACUCCCACUUAUGAGUCAGAACAUGCAGUGUUUGGUUUUCUGUUCCUGUGUUAGUUUGCUGAGCAUGAUGGCUUUCAGCUUCAUCCAUGUCCCUACAAAGGACAUGAUCUCAUUCUUUUUUUUUCUUUUCUUUUCGAAAUGGAGUUUCGCUCUUGUUGCCCAGGCUGGAGUGCAAUGGCAUGAUCUCGGCUCACCACAACCUCCACCUCCCGGGUUCAAGCGAUUCUCCCGCCUCAGCCUCCAAAGUAGCUGGAAUUACAGGUAUUUUUUCUAAAUAUGAGAUCAAGGAAUUACCAACAAAAAAGGAGAGUAAUACAGGAGAAAUAUUCCAGACAGUAAUGUUGGAAAGACAUGAAAGCCACGACAUAGAAGAUUUUUGCUUCAGUGAAACCCAGAAAAAUGUACAUGACUCUCAAUGUCGGUGGAGACAUGAUGAAAGACAUUACAAACGAGUGUGUGUGACCUAUAAGGAAAGUCUCAUUGGUAGAAGAGACAUGCAUGGUAGAAAGGAUGAUGUACAAAACAAGCCUAUUAAAAGUCAACUUGGAUUAAACUUACAGUCACACCUACCAGAACUGCAGCUAUUUCAAGCUGAAAGGAAAAUAUAUAAAUAUGAUCACAUGGAAAAAUCUGUCAACAGUAGUUCCUUAGUUUCCCCACCCCAAGGUAUUUCUUCUACUGUCAAAACCCACGUUUCUCAUACACAUGCAUAUAAUUUUGUGGAUUCAUUAUUCACACAAAAAGAGAAAGCAAACAUUGGGACAGAACACUACAAAUGUAAUGAGUGUGGCAAGUCCUUUCACCAAGGCUUACAUUUUACUAUACAUCAAAUAAUCCAUGCUGAGGAGAAGCAGCUUAAAUGUGAUAUAUGUGGCAAGAGCUUCAAUAAAAAAUCAAACCUUGCAAGUCAUCGAAGAAUUCAUACUGGAGAGAAGCCAUAUAAAUGUAACGAAUGUGGCAAGGUCUUCAAUAAUAUUUCACACCUUGCACAGCAUCGCAGGAUUCAUACUGGAGAGAAACCAUAUAAAUGUAAUGAAUGUGGCAAGGUCUUUAAUCAAAUUUCACACCUUGCACAACAUCAAAGAAUUCAUACUGGAGAGAAACCUUAUAAAUGUAAUGAAUGUGGAAAGGUAUUCCAUCAAAUUUCACACCUUGCACAACAUCGGACAAUUCAUACUGGAGAAAAACCUUACAAAUGUAACAAAUGUGGCAAGGUGUUCAGUCGCAAUUCCUACCUUAUACAACAUCUGAUCAUUCAUACUGGAGAGAAACCCUACAAAUGUAAUGAAUGUGGAAAGGUCUUCAAUCAUAUUUCACACCUUGCACAACAUCGGAGAAUUCACACUGGAGAGAAACCCUACAAAUGUAACGAAUGUGGCAAAGUCUUCAGUCACAAGUCAUCCCUAGCAAAUCACUGGAGGAUCCAUACUGGAGAGAAACCUUACAAAUGUAAUGAAUGUGGCAAGGUCUUCAGUCGCAAUUCAUACCUUGCCCAACAUCUGCUAAUUCAUACUGGUGAGAAACCUUUUAAGUGUGAUGAAUGUAACAAAGCAUUCAGUCAAAAUUCACAUCUUGUACAACAUCGCAGAAUUCAUACUGGAGAGAAACCUUACAAAUGUAAUGAAUGUGGCAAAGUCUUCAGUCAAAAUUCAUACCUUGCAUAUCAUCGGAGAAUUCAUACUGGAGAAAAGCCUUAUAAAUGUAAUGAAUGUGGGAAAGUCUUCAGUCUGAACUCAUCCCUAGCACAUCAUCGGAAAAUUCACACUGGAGAGAAACCUUACAAAUGUAAUGAAUGUGGCAAAGCUUUCAGUGUACGUUCAAGCCUUACUAAUCAUCAUGUGACCCAUACUGGAGAGAAACCUUUCAAAUGUAAUGAAUGUGGCAAACUCUUCCGCGACAGUUCAUAUCUUGUUGGUCAUCAGAGAUUUCAUGCUGGAGAGGAAUCUAACAAAUGUAAUUAAUGUGGCAGAGGGUUCAGUCAGCAUUAAAGCCUUGCAACACAUACAAUAAUUUAUACUGGAGAAAAACUUUGCAAGUAUAAUGAAUGUAGCAGAGCCUUUAGUUUUGUUCAAGGCUUAAUAACCAUUAGCUAGUCCAUAGGGGAGAGAAACUUUACUAAUGUAUUGAAUGUGGCAAGGCCUUAAGGUAAAAGUCUGAGAUCAGGAUUUUUCAAAGAAUUCUUGCUGGUGAGAAACCUAACAAAUGUAAUGAAAGUGGCAAGGUCUUCUGGCACAACUCUCACAUUGUACAAUAUUGCAAAAUUUCAUACUUGAGAAACAAAAACACUGAGUGGGAAACCAUUAUGACUUCAAACAUUCAUCAACAUCAGAGAAUCCAUACUAAAGAGCCUUUAUAUAAUUAUAUGUGAUAGAGAUUUUCUGCAGGCCAUAGUCUUACUAGGCAUCAAAAACUUUUUUGAUGAAACCAUACAAAGGGAAUGUGCACGCUUAGGCUUUUACCCAAGCAUUAAAACUGGAACAUCACAGGGUUUAUACUGGAGAGUAACUACACAAAGAUAAUGAAUGUAAUAAGCCUUUCAGUGUAAUAUUCAUUAUUUUGUCAUGAGAGAUCUAUUCAAUAAAAACCAAGUAAAUGUAGUAAAUCUGGAA